UGAGCAAAGAAAUGGAGAACUCAACUGAACCUCACAUAGUGGCUUUACCCAUGCAAGCAGAAGGCCACAUCAAACCAAUGCUCAAUUUAACCAAAUUUCUUUCCCAUAGAGGCCACAAAAUCACCUUUGUCAACUCACAUUACAACCACAAUCGCUUCACUCAACACACACACCUACCAUCUCUCCCCAAUUUCCACUUUGCGUCCAUCACUGAUGGCUUACCCGUUGACCAUCAUCCUCCAAACGAUUUUACAACGAUGAUCACUCCUACAUGCAGGUCUUUGGUUGCUAAAGACUUUCGAGAAUUCUUCUCGAAGCUUCUAGAGAAAAAAUCCGAGUGGAAUCCACCUUCUUGUAUCAUAGCCGAUGGGAUGAUGACAACCAUUGCUUUGGAUGUUGCUCAAGAGUUUCAGAUUCCUCUCAUCACUUUCCGAACCUACAGUGCUACUGCCACAUGGGCCACAAUAUACAUCUGCCAAAUUAUUCAGGAGGGUGUCAUGGAUCUGCAGCGUCAAGAAGAUGUAGAUAAGUUGCUCGCAAGCAUCCCAGUGAUAGAGAAUUUAUUGAGAGACCGUGAUCUUCCAUAUAUUUUCAAAUUUAACCCUGGACACUUUGUCCUUGAUUUCUACGUGAAAGAAACCAUAGCCAUGACUCAAGCCUCAGCACUGAUACUCAAUACCUUUGACCACCUAGAAGCCAAUGCUAUAACUAAGCUAAAAACUAUAUUUCCCAAAGUUUACACUAUUGGUCCUCUCCACACUCUCCUCAAGACCCAUGUCACAAGUAACAUUUCAUCAUCCCUUGAUGGUCAUUUGAGAAAAGAAAAUAGAAAUUGCAUUACUUGGCUUGAUCAUCAAAAUGAAAAAUCAGUUUUGUAUAUUAGUUUUGGCACUGUAGUGAAGUUGUCACGUGAACAACUAAUGGAGUUUUGGCAUGGUUUGGUGAAUAGUUUUAAGCCUUUCCUGUGGGUUAUUAGAAAAGACUUGAUCAAUGGAGGAGGAGGUUGUUUGGGUGACAAUGUGCCUGUGGAGCUUGAGUUGGCGACAAAAGAUAGGGGCCUCAUUGUGGAUUGGGCCCCUCAAGAGGAUGUUCUGUCCCACCCUGCUGUGGGUGGGUUUUUGACCCACAAUGGUUGGAACUCUACGUUGGAAUGCAUUGUUGAAGGGGUGCCUAUGCUUUGCUCGCCUGUCUUAAAUGAUCAACCGAUCAAUUGUAGGAGUGUGACUGAGCAAUGGAAGAUUGGGCUUGACAUGAAUGGGACUUAUGAUAGGUUGAAUGUGGAGAAGAUGGUGAGGGAUUUGAUAGAAAAUAAGAUAGAAGGGUUAAGAAGCUCCGCGGAUGCGAUUGCGGAAAUGGCUGCUAAUAGUGUUAAGGAAACCGGUUCCUCUUAUCAUAAUAUUGAGAAUUUGAUGAAGGAUGUAGCGUCAAUGAAGGUGAGGAGCUAGUAUUAUGAGUAAAACACAUUCUCCAGAAUAACAAUGCUGAAAUGUAUUUCAUUUUUCAAUCUAAAGAUCGCUAAGUAAUAUGUUUGUAAUUUUAAAACUUCAAUUUGUUUCUUUUUAUUUUAUCAUUCUCAACAUAAUAUGUUAUCUUUUUGGUUCG